UACAGUUUGCCUGUUUCAGCCAAUGGUUCAGUAUAUUCUGUCUGAUCUACUCUAGUUGCCUAUAACUGACAGGGUCUAUUGAUGCUACCGUACAUCACAUAGCCAACUACUUCAAUCCAGUACCAAGAAGUGUCCACAGUCUCCAGACAUGGCUUUGACAGGAAUUAAAGCUUCAUACCACAAGAUUCUUAAUCAGAUUGAACUUCGACUACCUGCUAAACUGAGACCUUUCUAUAACCAUCCUGCAGGACCAAGGACUAUUUUCUUUUGGGCACCAGUGUGUAAAUGGGGCCUGGUUGUUGCUGGACUGGCUGAUAUGACUCGACCGGCUCAAAAAUUGAGUGUCUUUCAGUCUGGAGUGCUAAUGACCACAGGUGUUUUAUGGUCCAGAUGGUCCCUGGUCAUCAUUCCCAAGAACUGGUUUCUGUUUUGUUGCAACUGUUCUCUUGCAGCAUCAGGAGCAACCCAACUCUUCAGAAUCUGGAUGUACAACCAGGAAGUAAAGAGACAACAGGAAGCAGAGGUCCAGUCAUUGUUGGACUAUUUAUAACCAGUGGCAAUAAUGGGCUAGUAGAAGGGAUUAAGUAACAGAAGCAUUUUAAUCUUUGAUGGCUAUAACCACCACAGGACUUAACUUGAUAACACCCCCGCCCCCUUGCAAAGCACAACAUCAUGCUGCUAAUAACUCUGUGUCAUUAAAUAAGCUCGAUGGUAAACAGGCUAUCUUAGCUUGUCCUGUGUAGCUCAGUUGCUAGAGCACUGUGCUUAUAACCCAAGGGUUGUGGUUUCAAUUUCCACCAGGUACCUGUGUUAAAAAUGACAUGAAGAUGUGGAUAUACUCACUCACACAACUUGCUCUGAAUAUUGUCUCUUAAAUGAUGAUUAACAACAUAAAUAAUUGCAGAUUAAUAAACAGUUUAAAGAUAGGACAGUAUUGAUCGUGACUGAUGGUGCAUUUAUUGUUUUAGAUUUUCAACUAUGUCUGAUUUCGGGAAGUU